AUGGCUACAUUCAGCUUAGGUCUCUUUCUUACAGCCGCCAGUUCAUUUAGAUUGAGACUCCUCACUGAAGACCAUCCAGGAGCGUACAAUUUUACAGUAAACCUGCUACCAAUCUCUACGUGGUCGAUAAUUGAGAUAGGCGUGGGUGUUUUCACGGCCUGCGCGCCUGACAUCCGACAGUUCUUCCGAGUCUUCGUUUUUAGAUGGCGUGAUGAACAGGCCAGCUUGCACUCGGGGCCUAUUCCCGACAGGGCUUCUGCAGGCGCCGUCGAGGAGGUCAAAUAG